AUGCUAGUUGCUGUAGCGUACGAUGCAAAUAACCAACUGUUUCCGAUUGCCUUUGCAAUUGUUGACAGCGAGAAUCAUGACUCUUGGAAGUAUUUCUUGCAGAAGUUAAAGGAAGCGAUUGGGGAGGUUGAAAACUUAGUGUUUGUAUCGGAUAGGCAUCAAAGCAUUGAACAUGCUGUCGAGGUUAUUUUCCCCGAAGCAUGCCAUUGUGCAUGCUACAAACAUAUUUCUAUGAAUGUCACCCACAAGUUCAAGACUGAUGUGUGUAACACGCAAAUAUGGUUGGCCGCUUACGCAUGGUCGAAGAGGGAAUGUGAUAGACAUUUGCAGGUGCUCCGACGGAUGGAUCCUCCCAUCGCCGCUUAUGUUGACAAUAUAGGAUUAGAAAAAUGGGCUCGUCCUUAUUGUCUAGGAGACAGGUACAACAUCAUGACAAACAACGCUGCAGAAAGCCUUAACAACGUGACUGAAGAAUUCCGGGCAUAUCCAAUAACUACUCUAGUUGAGUUCAUAAGGUUCACACUACAAAAUUGGUUUGCUAACCGUCUUGAGAAGGCAAGUAAGUGUGUUACCCCUUUGGCAACUCAUUUUGAGGAAGAUUUGAUAAAGCAACACGAGGAUGGUAGACGUAGAAGUGUCCUACGUAACGGUGCACAAUUGUUUAAUGUUGGAAGAGGUGCUGACGGUUCUGACUUUGAAAAAGGCGGAGAUGUGAACUUAGUUGAGAGAACAUGCACUUGCGGCAUGUUCCAAUUGUUGAAAAUUCCUUGUCCCCAUGCAUGUGCGCAGCCGCUUACUCGGAAUGUCGGUGUGUACGCUCUGUCAUCUCCCUAUUACACAAAGGAGACGUGA